AUGGCCUUGUUACCCGGGAAGGCUCUGAUGCAGUGGCUCUGUGGAGGGCAGUAUCCGCGUCUCUCCCGCCCUGCCCUCUGUGUCCGUGUGGAAGCAGAAGGAGAACAUGUCCUGGACAGAAGAGGCGAGGACUGGACACAGCUGCUGAGAACCGGGGAGAGGCAUCAUCAUCAGCAGCAGCAGCAGAAGCAGCAGCAGCAGCAGAGAAGGGGGCAUGUAUGUGUGAAUAAACCCGCUUCCUGCUCCACUUCCUCCUCGCCUGCGUCGGCUCCAUCUCUCCACGUCUUCGCAUCCACCCAGCAUUCGAGGAACAAGCAGGCAAGCUGUCUCUUCUCCCCGGGAAAGCGUGCGUGGCCUGGACAGCUGGACUGCCGCUGUCCCUCUGGAGGAUGA